ACAUCAAAUGAACGGCCUCCCCCUUUAAGAUGACGCUACUUCCGGUUUUAUACCGCUUGUCUUUACUGUGCUAUUCUGCUCUUGAGAAGUCAUGCGGAUAAUGCUCUGAUCAUAAAUACCCGUGUUAUCAAAAAACCCAACGUUUGUACCACAUACUGAUUUCUGUUGACAUGAGGCAAAUUUAGGAUUUUAAAGCAUUUGUCCUAAUUCCAGCAGAAUGAUGAAGAGUCAUCAUGGAUCUGAAGGUAACGCAAGCAUAUUGAUAUCCUGCAUCUAAAUCCCUUUGCCGUGAGGCAAACCCAAGCAAAAAAGGAGCAAACAUGCAUUGCCGAAGUCUGCUUGAAAGGGACUGCAGCUGGUAGAAGAUAUCAGGAAAAGGGUGUAUGUACUGCUUUUGCCAUGGAUGACUUUACUACACGCACCUAUGGCACCAGUGGUAUGGAUAACAGGCCUCUAUUUGGCGAGACAUCAGCCAGGGAUAGAAUCAUCAAUUUAGUAAUCGGUGGACUUACAUCUUUACUCGUUCUUGUGACUAUUAUUAGCUCAUUUGUCUUCCCUUCGCUGCCUCCCAAGCCAUUAAAUAUUUUCUUCGCCACCUGCAUUAUAUUAGUCUGCGGGUCAGUGUUGGUUCUGAUAUACUGGUAUAGACAGGGAGAUUUGGAACCCAAGUUUCGCAACUUAAUCUACUAUAUGCUGUGCUCCAUCGUUCUGUUGUGCAUUUGUGCCAACUUGUACUUUCAUGACGUGGGCCGUGACAAACAGAGCAAUGCCUUAUAAAACUGUUACCAUGGGAACCAUCCCAUUUACAGGAAUGUUCAUUCAUUAUGUGGGAUCUUCGCAUAACCUCACAUGAGUUUUUGAAUCAGGAGAAUUCAUUUCCUACAAGCCCUUUUUUGGGGCUGGGCCAGUCUGCCUUUGGGAGCCACGUCAGUGGACUAAACAUAUUAUAGAUGCAAAUAUGUUAAUGAUAAGUAGCACUCUGGGAUCAUGCACACUUUUGUACCCUGAACACUGUAUACAGCUUACAGAUUUAUGCCAAUGUAAUUACAAGAUCUAGUGAAAUAAGCCAUGGAAGUGUAACACAUAUUGCUUUUAUAUUUGUGUGCGGCACGCCUGUCGAACAUUCCUCAUUGAGAUAUGUCCUUAUUUUGUAUUUAAAUUAUUAGAAAAGCAAUUCUGAAUCAGUGCACUUGAUUAAAGGCAUGAAGUCGUUGUAAAUGCUGCUUACUGUUCCUUUUUUCAAAAUUAUUUGAUAUAGUAGAAUACCUGAAAAUUAAGGUCAUCUGCAAUUUAUAAUUUGUAUUUUAUGUAAUGAAUAAAUACAUAAUCAAAAUGC